UGGGAGCGGGCCGCGGAGGCCGGCCUGGGGCUCCAUGGACGGGCGCGGCGUCCCUGCAGAGCCUGCGGGAGAGGUAAGGCUGGCCUCUCUGCAGUCAGAGGUCUGAGCUCUGCCAUGGGGGUAGGGGUGUCUUUAUUGCUGCAGUUUUCUCUGACAUCUGGGGGCUAUCGGAGUGUGGGCCGAAGCAGGCGCUGCAGCGGCAGAAGUAUCCCCAAGAACAUCCCCAGGAAAAGCUGGAAAAAGCCUCAUCCCCAGCUCUGCAAUCUUCAGGCAGAGGAAGAGCCAAUGCUGGAACGGCGCUGCAGGGGCCCCAUGGCCAUGGGUCCAGCCCAGCCCAGGCUCCUUUCAGGGUCCUCCCAGGAGUCACCUCAGACCUUGGAGAAGGAGUCCAGCGGGCUGAGGCACCAGGGCACUAAACUGGCCCAGUCAGGCAGUCAAGCCCUAGGCAGGGCCCGUCGCUGUGCCCACUGUCGAAGGCACUUCUUGAGCUGGGUGGCCCUGUGGCUUCAUACCCGAAGGUGCCAGGCACGGCUCCCUCUGCCCUGUCCUGAAUGUGGGAGGCGCUUCCGCCAUGCCCCCUUCUUAGCACUGCACCGUCAGGUCCAUGCUGCUGCCACACCAGACGUGGGCUUCACCUGCCACCUCUGUGGGCAGAGCUUCCGAGGCUGGGUGGCCCUGGUUCUGCAUCUGAGGGCCCACUCGGCUGCAAAGCGGCCCAUUGCUUGUCCUGAAUGUGAGAGACGCUUCUGGCGACAAAAGCAACUUCGAGCACAUCUGCGGCGGUGCCAUCCCCCUGCCCCUGAGGCCCGGCCCUUCAUAUGUGGCAACUGUGGCCGGAGCUUUGCCCAGUGGGACCAGCUGGUUGCUCACAAGCGGGUGCACGUGGCUGAGGCCCUGGAGGAGGCAGCAGCCAAAGCUCUGGGGCCAAGGCCCCGAGGUCGCCCUGCUGUGACCGCCCCGCGGCCUGGUGGGGACGCCGUGGACCGCCCCUUCCAGUGUGCCUGCUGCGGCAAGCGCUUCCGCCACAAGCCCAACCUGAUCGCCCACCGCCGAGUGCACACUGGCGAGCGUCCCCACCAGUGCCCAGAAUGCGGGAAGCGCUUCACCAACAAGCCCUACCUGACCUCGCACCGUCGCAUCCACACUGGCGAGAAGCCCUACCCGUGCACUGAGUGCGGCCGCCGUUUCCGGCACAAACCCAACCUGCUGUCGCACAGCAAGAUCCACAAGCGGUCUGAGGGCUCCGCGCAGGCCACCACCGGUGCUGCGAGCCCCCAGCUUUCAGCCGUGGUGCUGGAUCCCUCGGCAGAGCCCGGCCCUGAGAAGAUUGCUCCGGAGCCCGCGGCGGAGCCUCCACCUGAGGCCCCCUUGGAACCCCCACGGGACCAGGCCCAGGCGACCCCAUCCCUGUACAGCUGCGACGACUGUGGGCGCAGCUUCCGGCUGGAGCGCUUCCUGCGCGCGCACCAGCGGCAGCACACCGGGGAGCGGCCCUUCACCUGCGCCGAGUGCGGGAAGAACUUCGGCAAGAAGACCCACCUGGUGGCGCACUCCCGAGUGCACUCCGGCGAGCGACCCUUCGCCUGCGAGGAGUGCGGGCGCCGCUUCUCCCAGGGCAGCCACCUGGCCGCCCACCGGCGCGACCACGCCCCGGAGCGGCCCUUCGUCUGCCCCGACUGCGGCAAGGCUUUCCGCCACAAGCCCUACCUGGCCGCCCACCGGCGCAUCCACACGGGCGAGAAGCCCUACGUCUGCCCCGACUGCGGCAAAGCCUUCAGCCAGAAGUCCAACCUCGUGUCCCACCGGCGCAUCCACACGGGCGAGCGGCCCUACGCCUGCCCCGACUGUGACCGCAGCUUCAGUCAGAAGUCCAAUCUCAUCACCCACCGCAAGAGCCACAUUCGGGAUGGCGCCUUUUGCUGUGCCAUCUGUGGCCAGACCUUUGACGAUGAGGAGAGACUCCUGACCCACCAAAAGAAGCAUGAUAUCUGAGAAGGGCAGGGGCUGUGGGGGUCGGAGACAGGCCCUGGGCUCCUUCGCAGCAGGAGUGUGGCAGUGGGCUUGGGUAGCUCGUGUUGGAGCUGGUGACGGAGAGGGAUGCGAAUUCAGAAGGGAAAGAAGAGGCGGGAGUGAGCUGCGCCCUGUUAGUGAGGGAGUAAACCCGGAUGGCCAGGAAAGCCCCUUCAGAGUGGUGUUUCCAACAUUCACCUCGACUGUUCUAUGCCCUGGAAAAGUAGCAAUAGCAGCUCCAUUUACCCUUAGUGCCCUUGGCUACAGGAGCCACCGGUGGGAAGGAAGCGUCCAUCCUCUGGUGUUAACGCCUUAAUGUCCCAGUCUUUAUUAUGAGUUACUUCAGGUCACUUUUGAAAAUAGGUGUGGUACAGUCCUUAGUAAAGGAAAGCUCGGGAGGAAAAGUGGACCAGCUGGACAUGCCUUGGAGAGCCUGCUGGCCUUGUCAGGCAGCUGGGGCCUCUUCAGCCCAAGAGAUGAAACUAAGCUGGUUUUACCUGUGCCCCCUUCCUGAUGUCCCUGCUGAAAUCCCAGGCUUGCAGAGGCCCAUCUACUGCCAAUGAUUCCAUCCUCUUCCUCCCUGAAGAUCACCUUCCCAGGCGUUUCCUCCUUGGACUGUCUGGCUUUAUCUAAUUGGCCCUCCCAGGGCUGACCCUCUUCCACUCUUUCCAAAGCUCAUUGUGGAAGGAAGGACUGGCCCACUGAUGCUGGAGGGUCAGCUGAAGGGAAGAUCCUGGUUGAGUGUCCUUUUCAAGAUUUCCAGCAUGUGGAUAUUAGCCUUUCCUGGUGACAGGGAGCUCCCACCUCCUGAGGCCCUGGUUCUAUUGUAGGAUGAUUCUAAUUGUUAGAAAUUCUUCCUUAUAAUGAUCGAAUUUUGCUUUCCUAUAAUUUCUAUCUAUUGGGCCUUGUUCUGUUCUCUGGAUCUAAACAGAACAACCACUUACCCUCCUUUUCAGACUAGAGAAUAAAGAUUUGGUUUUAGAACUGG